AUGGCUCGCCACACUUCUCGCUGGGCUCAGCUGCAUAUAGUCUCUUGUCUUUGGAGUCCACGAUCUAAGGAGGGCCUCAUGAAGCGCCCCGAAGCUUGACGAAAACGUGCAGACUGUCUGCUGGAGGUGACCUUGCAUAUGCUCCCCACAGAAGCAAAGCAUUUGAAAAGUCCUCUAUGGCGUGAUGGUGCACCCGCAACAUGCUGCAGCUGCCAUACCUUGAAUGCCAGACAAGACCGUCAGAAGAGUUUCAGAGUACCGCGGCGAUAUAUACAUGCAGCAGACAUGGCGCUCGAUCGAUCGCGAGUGCCCGAACGGCGUCGUCAGAUAUACGGCUGAGAAGCUCCUUGCGCGCGCCAAAGGCAUCAGCGGCUAGCACGUCCGUUUCGACUCAAAAUGGGGCGCAGCGGUUUUAGGCCAUCGCAUCUCGCGUGUAUAUAUGUACACGCAGAUGACUUUGUAUGUAUAGCUGCUGCCUCUUCUGGCUAUACAUAGAAGCCUAGAAGCCAAAUCUUGCUACCGAGAUUGCCGCGGCCUUGCGGAUAUGGCCUGCGGCGCGAAGAAACGCUCGCCUAGGCACCCUCAGCGCAGAAGGCGCUCACAAUCAUAUAUGCGCACAUCACGUAGCGGACCUCUCAUGGCGCCAUGCUAUAUAUCAGCAGUCUUUGACUGCGUCGACUGGUCGGCAAUGGCGCCCCGAAAGUCUCCGACCAGGGCGUAUGUCGGUGAUCGAGCUAAUUUGAUGAGAGUCUCGAUGAGCCUGCUCAGGAUCGCUGCUGGACAACGCAAGAUGUACAUGAUGUCUGAUCAAGCGAAGCCACGAUCGAGUCUUGGUCAAAUGCGAGCUCACAGCAUCGCUUUCUUGUUCAAAUUCGAUGAAGAAACCCGCACGUUCCUGUUUCACCUGGAUCUCGACUGCGUCUUUAAUGAGGACAUAUAUCAGCUCUCUGCGCUCUACUUCGACCUAGAGCUGCGUAUAGCGACAGUCGUCAGUGGCACACAAAUCCACCUCGCCAGAAGGCGCCGCAGCGUGGACAGCAGCGCAGCCUCAGAGUAAUCGUCAGCGGCGACGGUUUCACAGCAUCAGCACAACGGUCUCAGCAGGCAUACAGCGCCGCGCGCAGCCGUUUCAGCGAGUCUUCUCUUGUCCAAGCGCCACUCAGACGAUCGCUCUUGGCCCACCGCAUACUUCAGCUGCGACUCGCUAUCUUACGCUUGCACGACCUUCAGCCCCACACUUUGCGCAAGCAUCAGAUCAUCGCAGGUGCCCGAACCGAGCUAACAGAUCAGGCUAUCCAAAGCAGCAGCCAUUUAGCGACCUUCGCAGCCUUACGAGGCAUCAUUUCGCAGCUGCGUACC